GGAAAAAAAAAGAAAAAAAAAAAACCGGUUCAAAGGGUAGUAAAUGAGAAUGCAGGUAUAUGUAGCUUAUCUCUACAAUGGCCUCUUCAUCACAUGUUGCCAAUUUGUUUAGGUAUAGUGUCUCUUCAUAUUUGUAUAUAUAGAAAUCUCUCUCUCUCUCUCUCUCUACCACAUCUUCCUCUAUAUUCUCCACCGUUCUUUCUCUUCUCCUCUCUCUCUCCCUCUCUGGACUUCAACUUCUGGAGAACUACUUGACAUAUAUAAGGUACUGCUCAUCAGCCAACACUAACACGAUUGUCAAAAGGUGUGGGGGGAAGCAGAAUCUACUUCUAUCUGAUUGAUCAGUCAUAUCUUUUCAAUCAAAUCAGACCCUCCUCUUACGAAAAAGAAAAGAAAAAGAAAAAAGAGUCCAUGUCGAGCAUGUCCAUGUCGUCCUCCUCAGCACCACCAGUUUAUCCACCGGACCACAUCUCGUCUUCAGAGCAGCUCUGUUACGUCCAUUGCAGCUUCUGCGACACCGUCCUCGCUGUGAGUGUUCCUCCGAGUAGUUUGUUCAAGACGGUGACGGUGAGAUGCGGCCACUGCUCAAACCUUUUGUCGGUGACUGUGCACAUGAGAACACUUCUUCUUCCCUCCGUUUCCAACCUUGGCCAUUCCUUUUUGCCUCCUCCUCCUCCUCCCAACCUCUUGGAGGAGAUGCGCAACGGAGGACAGAAUAUAAACAUGAACAUGAUGAUGAGCCAUCAGGCAGCAGCAGCUUACCACUCCAAUGAGUCUUUGGCUAUGGCCACUCGCAACGGAAGAGUCGAUCCGCAGGAAACGCCUCGUCCACCACCAGCCAAUAGACCCCCAGAGAAGCGACAAAGAGUACCAUCUGCUUACAACCGAUUCAUCAAGGAGGAGAUCCAACGUAUAAAAGCAGGCAACCCUGAUAUCAGCCACAGAGAGGCCUUCAGUGCUGCUGCCAAAAAUUGGGCCCAUUUCCCUCACAUACACUUUGGUCUCAUGCCUGAUCAUCCUCCCGCCAAGAAGGCUAACGUGCGCCAGCAGGAAGGAGAGGAUGCGAUGAUGGGAAGAGAAGGGUUCUACGGUGCAGCCGCCAAUGUUGGUGUGACCCAUAACUAGCUAGGGCUUUUUUCCUUCUUUCUAUUAAUUAAGGUUCGCAAUUAAAUUCUUAAAUGUUCAAAAUGCAUGUGGUUAAUUUCAGCUCAAACUUAACUUAUUAUUACGAUGAUAUUGAUAAUCGAUCAAUCAGGAGACCUUUCGUGCUACAAGUCUGGGAACUAGUGUAUAAUUUUUUUUUUCAAUACGUAUUCAUUUCGAUUGCUUUA